AUGCCUCGUCGCAAAGCAAAACAGGCAGAUGAUGAUUCUGUCACCGAUUCCGUACUAGAGUCUCCUCCAAAGAAAGCCAAAGCGGCACCGGCCUUGCCGCCAAGGAUGAGCCGGGGUCCUUAUCAAGCAGCGCAGGAGGCAAAUAAAAAGGCCGAGAAGAAGAAAGGCAAAGAGAAGAAGAAAGAAGAAGAGCAGGAACAGGAACAAGAUGCACUCGUACCCAAAGCCGAUCCUCCCACCACCACAACCUCAGUAUCGACAGUACGGUCGUCCCCACUCCCAUCUCUCGAAGACAUCAAUCGCGAAUACGAAGAAAGAAGAAAACAAAACCAACCCAAACCACCCCAAGCCCCCAUCGACCCAACAAUCCGCAUGCCCUCCCUCAUCGAAAUAGACAUCGACGCAUACAACAACCUCGACAAAGACCGCCAUAUAACCAACGACUCCGGCACACGAUUCUCCCCGACCCAACACCGCCAGAGCUGUCUGCGAGGCCUGUACUACACACUCGGCCGCACUAGCGACCCGUAUGACGAUCUGCCGAAUAUAGUUGCCUUGCUGCAUGCAUACAGGUGUAGAAGGAUGGUGUACCAGGAGGGCAGAGUGACGUAUUGGUAUAAAGGGGUGUGUAUCGGUGGGCCGGGGGAGUAUGAUGCGGAGGAACAUAAGAGACUGGCGCAGGCGCAGGAGGAGCCGAGGAAGGUUUGGGUUGAGGGGUUGAGUGUUUCGUUUUAUUUGUGUUUGCGGAUGUAG